CCAGCUCCCGCGCAUGCGCAGUUUAUGUCUACAUCGGCCGGCGCAGGGGACAUCGUGACACGCAUCGGCCUGGUGAGUAGAGACUUCCCUUAACCUGAGUGAGUCAUGGCCCAGUUCGGGGGACAGAAGAAUCCGCCGUGGGCGACUCAAUUUGCCGCCACAGCGGUGUCUCAGCCGGGCCACUCAGGACAGUCUCUGGACCUCAACAGCCUGCACUCUCUUGGUGUGCAGCAGCCAUCUCUUCUGGGAGCAUCUCCUUCUGUUUACUCUCAGCAGUCAGCUUUGGCUGCGGUAUCGCUCAGCAACCAGUCUGCUGCAAACUAUCAGCUGUCUCAGCAAACUGCGGCCUUGCAGCAGCAAGCUGCAGCGGCUGCCGGGUGCCGAUAUCAGCAGUCUCAGAUUAAUUCAGCCCUCCAGCAGUAUCAGCAACAACAACACCAGCAGCAGCAACCUCCCCAGGCAAACCCCUCAAACAACCCCAACUGUACAAUGUACCCUCAUCAGCUUCCACAGCCUCAACAGGCACUGCUUUCUCAGCCCCCCGUCGCCUUGCCCACCAGCCUAAGCCUGUCCAACCCGCAGCAGACAGCCCAGAUUACCGUGUCCUACCCAACGCCACGUUCAAGCCACCAACAGCAGACGCAGCCACAGAAGCAACGAGUCUUUACUGGUGUCGUCAACAAGCUGCAUGACACAUUUGGCUUUGUAGAUGAAGAUGUCUUCUUUCAGCUAAGUGCUGUGAAGGGGAAGACUCCUCAGGUGGGUGACAGGGUCCUAGUGGAAGCAGUGUACAAUCCGAACAUGCCCUUCAAGUGGAACGCCCAGCGCAUCCAGACCUUACCUCAGCUAGCAAACCAGUCGAACCAGCCUCAACCUCCUAACAUGAUGAAGGCAGCCCCCAACAUACUGCAGUCGUUACCUCCCCCAAACACAUUCAGUGUUCCGAACCAGGCUCCCCCUCCUUCCCUCCUGCAGGCCCAGCUGUCCGCUGCCUCUCUGGCUCCUCUCCUCCAAAACCCUCCUCAGCCUCUGCUGCCACAGCCUCCACCCAAAGACGUGUUUUCCGGGGGUCUACUUCAACCCCCAGUGAGAAUGAUGCAACAGCCGCAGCCCGUUCGACGAAUUGAGCCCCCACCUCGAUUCCCCAGUCGCAAUGACAGAGGCCCCGAGCUCAUCCUCAGGACGAAAGAGGAACGCAGCCGAGACAGGGACCGUGAGCGCAGACGGUCAAGAGAGCGCUCACCCGCACGCAAACGUUCCAGAGACCGCUCUCCCAGACGUGACCGCUCACCUCGGCGACCUCGCAGGGUUGUCCCUCGCUACACCGUCCAGUUUUCCAAGUUCAGCUUAGAUGGCUCCAGCUGUGACAUGAUGGAGCUGAGGAGGCGCUAUCAGAGCCUCUACAUUCCCAGCGACUUCUUUGAUGCUGUCUUCACCUGGGUGGAUGCUUUUCCUCUGACAAGACCCUUCCAGAUUAAUAACGCCUGUAACUUCCACAUCUUGCACAAAGAGGUGGAUCCUCUAGUCAAGAAUACGGCUGUGCUGGACCCUCCUGAUGCCAACCACACCUACAGUGCUAAGGUGAUGCUACUGGCUAACCCCAGUAUAGAGGAGCUCUAUCACAAGUCCUGUGCUUUGGCAGAGGACACCCAGGAAGUCAAAGACUCCUUCCAACAUCCUGCGAGACUCAUUAAGUUUUUGGUGGGAAUGAGAGGUAAAGAUGAGGCCAUGGCCAUUGGUGGUCACUGGUCUCCCUCUCUGGAUGGAGCUGACCCAGAGAAGGAUCCUUCAGUCCUUAUAAAGACAGCCAUACGCUGUUGCAAGGCACUCACAGGCAUAGACCUUAGUCUGUGCACUCAGUGGUAUCGUUUUGCAGAGAUUCGCUAUCAUCGGCCGGAGGAGACACACAAGGGGCGGACAGUCCCUGCUCAUGUGGAGACAGUGGUUUUGUUUCUUCCGGAUGUUUGGCAUUGUCUUCCUACCCGCUCAGAGUGGGAGGUGCUGUCACGGCGACUCCGGGAGCAGCUGGCUGAGAAGCUGUCGGCCGAGCGAAAGGAGGCGGAUGGAGAACAGGAGGAAGAAGAGAAGGAUGAUGGUGAAUCGAAGGACGUUAGUACUCCCACUCACUGGGCUAAACUUGACCCGAAAUCAAUGAAGGUAAAUGACCUCCGCAAGGAGCUUGAUUGUCGCUCUUUAAGCUCUAAGGGGUUAAAGUCGCAGCUGAUCGCUCGCCUCACCAAGCAACUGAAGGUAGAGGAGCAGGUGGAGGAGUCCAAGGAGCCCGAGAAACAAGAGAGCAAAGUUCCUGAGGAAGAAGAGCCAGUUCGCACUGAAGAAGACCGAGAGGAGGAGGAAAGGAAGAGGCAAGAGGAGCUUGAGCGCCAGCGGAGAGAAAGGCGCUACAUCCUCCCUGAUGAGCCCACCAUCAUCGUACACCCUAACUGGGCAGCCAAGAAUGGCAAAUUUGACUGCAGUGUCAUGUCCUUGAGUGUGCUGCUGGACUACAGACUGGAGGACAACAAGGAGCAUUCUUUUGAGGUUUCCCUAUUUGCUGAGCUGUUUAACGAGAUGCUACAGAGAGACUUUGGCUUCCGCAUAUAUAAAGCCCUUGCUGCUUUUCCUGCCAAAGAUGAGAAGAAGGAAAAGGAGAAGAAAGCUAAGAAGGAGGCCGAGAAGAAGGAGGCUGAAAAGCGUGAAAUAAAGAAGGAAAAAGAAGAUGAGAAUGAAGAGCCAGUAGUGAAGAAGACCAAAGAGGAUGAGGAGGAGAAAAAGAAGAGCGAUGAAAAAGCUGUGAAAAAGGAGUCGUCUCGAGAUGAAGAGGAGAACGAAGAUGAUGGCAGCACGGCCAAUGCUGAAGAAUAUGACCCCAUGGAGGCUGAAGAUGCAGAUGAUGACGAUGACGAUGACAAGGAUGACGACGACCUCAAUGACCGAGACAGGAAAGACCGCAAGGAUGACCGCAAGUCGUCAAAAGAGAGGUCCUCUAAAGACAAGGAGAAGAAGCAGAUGGUCACGCACAACAAAGAGCUGCUGAUGGCGUUUGUCUACUUUGACCAAAGCCACUGUGGCUAUUUGCUGGAGAGAGACUUGGAGGAGAUCUUGUACACACUGGGACUGCAUCUUUCUCGUGCUCAGAUAAAAAAGCUGCUUAAUAAACCGGUGGUCAGAGAGUCCUGUUACUACCGUAAACUGACAGACCGGGGAAAGGAUGAACCCAUUCCUUCCUUUAAUGAAGCCCAGAUAGAAAACCUCAUAGGUAACCGAGGACUACUUCCUGCUCCAAAAGCUCGCGCUCCGUCAGAGACGACUGAGUCUGGUAAUCUGAUCGUGUAUAAUGGAGCUAUGGUCGACGUUGGCAGCAUGAUGCAGAAACUGGAGAAGAGUGAGAAAGCAAGAGAGGAGAUAGAACAGAAGCUCAUGAUGCAGGAUGUCAAAAUGGAUGAAGAUGCAAAGGUGAAAGCGCAGUUGGAGCAAGCCAACAAAACUUUGUCCAGGGAGCUGGAGGAGGUGAAAAGCACUCUGAGCCAAACUGAAGAGACCCUAAAGACUGUGGAGGAGCAGAAGGUGAUCUACCACGACCAGAUUAACAAGACGUCCAACACCUUGAUGUCCACUGUCAAAGGGCUGCUGGCAGUGCUGAAAAAGGAUCAGGAUGUAGACGAGUCUGGUGAAGAAGCCUCUGGCGAUCACAUUCGGUCAUCUCAAACUAACGGCGCCGAUGAAUGACACAUUUAAAAUAAAUGAAGCUAAUCCGUAACACUGAUUAUCUUAAAAACUUGUAAAUACUCACUAAACAAACAUAAUUUGGCUGUUUUAUUUGGACCUAUUACAUGUAUAGAUGAAUGAUUUAGUUCCCUUGUGUUAAUUUCACUUCAGCAACUGUGUACAAUAGAUUUAUUUCUGAUGAGUUACUUUUCAUACGUAGAAUACUUUAACUAUGAUAAAGCUUUGAAAUGCUUAUUUUCAUAGUUUUAAGUAAGUCAAGUCAGUCGCUAACCUUUUAUUUUUGCCAUUGCUUUAGCUUCGUCAUGGCCAAUAAAAUGCCACAUUGUAGGUUUAAAUGCCAGUAUGUGAGUUGUACUUUUUUUUUUUUGUUUGAGAUUUGUUUUUCUAAUGAGCAAUAAUGAUGCUAUUUAUGUGCGAGAGAAUUCAUUAAAACUAUAUUUAAAAUAAACUAAUUUUGGAUGGAAAAGGGUAGGAGGGGGUUCCAAUGUGGUUCAGACAGAAUUUCUUUAUAAAUCUUCUUAAUCUGCUGUUUAACCACAACUGUGUUCAAUAAACACUUUUCCGUUUGUAGUUCUUCUAUGUUGCUGAUUUAACUGGUUCCUAUGCACGGUUCCUGCCUCUCUUUGAGCUUUUUGCUGUCGGCGCCUCCUUUCAUGUUUUACUGUGACGAGCAUCUGUCUGAUUUUUCUUUUUUCUUUUUCUGACAAACGAAACUACACAUGAACCAAAAGAUAAGCUUGAUGAAUGUGUGUUCUGCUGAAGGAAUAUUUGCUGCAAAGAGACAUGAACACUUUGAAAUCUAUCUGAACUGUGUGUGUUGGUUUGGAUUGUUCUUGAAGAGAGGCACAAUUACAUUCAAAUGUGCGCCAAAGCAGGCAAUUUUAUUUUUCUAUUGAAAAUGUACUCUAUGGAUGUCUUGUGCAAGAGUAAAGUGGUUCAUUUUAACACUGAUA